AUGUCUUCAGGAGCAGGCCGAGAGGCCGUCUUCCCCACGCGGCAAGCGUUGGGUCAGAUGAACAGCAAGUUGAAGGGAGCGCAGACCGGCCACAGCUUGCUCAAGAGAAAGAGUGAAGCCCUGACAAAGCGUUUUCGAGAGAUCCUCAAACGAAUCGACGAGGCCAAGCGUAAGAUGGGCCGAGUCAUGCAAAUCGCCGCCUUCUCCCUUGCCGAAGUAACCUAUGCUGUCGGAGGAGACGUGGGCUACCAAAUUCAAGAGUCCGUCAAGACCGCGCGGUUCAGGAUCAAGACCAAGCAAGAGAACGUCUCGGGAGUCUUUCUACCACAAUUCGAAGGAUACACCAAGGAUGAGAUAAAUGACUUCGGCCUGACAGGUCUGGGUAAGGGAGGUCAACAGGUGCAGAGAUGUCGAGAGACAUACACGCGAGCGGUCGAGACUCUGGUCGAGCUGGCCAGCUUGCAGACUGCCUUCAUGAUCUUAGACGAGGUCAUCAAAGUGGUCAAUCGAAGAGUCAAUGCCAUUGAGCACGUCAUUAUUCCACGGACAGAGAACACUAUCAAAUAUAUCAACUCGGAACUCGACGAGCUUGACCGCGAAGAGUUUUACAGACUCAAGAAAGUCUCAGGCAAGAAGCAGAGAGAUCAGGCUGCCGCUGAUGCGGAGAUGAAGCGGAAGAGAGAAGCAGAGAAAGAAAGGCCGGACCAGGAAAAUGGUGCUGAAGCGCAAGAUGUCCUUGGUGAACACGAGGAUGAAGACGUUAUCUUUUGA